CGACGCGCCUAAGAAAUUAUCUACUUGUGUUGCUAGUUCUAAGUACAUGUAAUAUAGUAUACAAGUACCACCUACCAUACCAGUGGUGUGAUUUACAACUCGACGCCCAACGUUAUAACGACGAGCUCCAUCUUAUCUCCAUCGAUCAGGUCGUCCCAUCUUGCAUUAUAUAUUGCCUCUUGCUUAUCAUCAGCAUUUCAGUUCAAAGGUAUAGCAGAGGGCGCUAGAGUGCCAAGUUCGCUUCCCCGGUUGUUGGCGUCUACAUCUUUGGAGCAACGACUGCUAGUGAACAUGAGAGCUCCUCCUCCCGAAGCUGCAGCGUACCCGCCACCGGGCACGGCGUACCCUCCUCCGGGCCAGCAGGCCUACUACCCUCCGCAGGCCUACGGCGCCCCGCCUCCGAUGGCCGCCGGCUACCCGCAGCCACCGCCGCCGCCAGAGAAACAGGGAAGCAACGGCUUCUUGAAAGGAUGUUUGGCUGCUGUCUGCUGCUGCUGCCUGCUGGACAUGUGCCUCUGAGCCUUGGUGAGGGGAUCCCUUCUGUCAGCAUCGACCAGGCAGGACAGUUCGAUGGUGCAGAGCUGUUCAUGAACCCUUAUCUUUGUUCCUUCAGCCAAAAAAUGUUCUUUAAUUUGUUUCUGUCGUGUUAGUAGUCGCUAAUCGUGGGUUAUGGAGUUCAUGUGUCGUGAAGAAUGCCCGGGCAACUUUGUAUGAUGAUAUGUUGCUUCUAAGAAUUUAAUUUGAUUUGGCUACUGUUAUUGCUGCAA